AUGGAGACUCACCCGGUGGUAAAUCAUCCGCCAGCUCCACCAGCCUCCGAGACAGACGAUGAAGAAAUCCUUGACAACAUAGAUGGCCGCAUGCACGGCCCCAUGAAUGGAUUUAUCAAAAAACACUUCGACAACUUUCAAUAUGUCCGCCAGGAUGCGUUAUUGGAAAUCCAGGCAGCUGGAAGAGCGAGCAGCCGCUGUGCCGUUCCAUUAGCUGCCCCAUCACCCGACAAUUUCCUUCAGUGGUUUUCCAACUAUGUAUCGCGGGAGCUUGACGGUGCUCGAGGCUCAUGGCAUAUAUCUAACGAGAGUGUAGCACCCGAGCACGAAAGUGCUGACAACGGUGCGCGUCUCCUCUUGACCAUUCCCACUUUGCCGGCCUCCGACAUACAGACGAGAUGGGACCAUGUUCAGGUCAUUGGCCAGUUUUACGAUGAUGGUUGCGUUGAUUAUCAGGUGGGACUAUUACGCCUCUGUCGGUCUGCACACCAGGUCUUCGCCAGUCAGCCUACGCGGCUCUUCUUGCAUGCCUUCUACAUUCGCGGUUCACUAAUCGAACUUUGGGUCUUUGAUCGAUCUGGCCUAUAUUGUAGCGACGUAUUCGAUGUUCGAAAAGACUUCGUCCAAUUUCUCUCGAUUAUUCUCAGCUACCAACGGAUGACGAACCAGGACCUGGGGAAUAUCAACAUCAUUGAGGCGGAUAAGGGCGGCAGCUACAUUACUCUUGAUAGUGUGGCGAUGCCCUCUUUGGGGAGGCUCUAUCUCGAAAGCCAGCCAAUUGCGUCCCGUGAAGGCCUUGUUGGCAACGGGACGACUUGCUACCGGGCUAGAAUGCCCGAUUCGAAUCAAUGGGAUUACGUCUUGAAGUUCAAAUGGCGUUGGGCCAGGGAGCGUCCGGAAGACGAGCUGCUCAGGCUAGCCAAGAAGAAGUGUGUAUGGGGUGCCGUCUCCCUUGAUUAUUACAAAGAAAUUGAAAAUACAGCAAACCUGCGUCGAGGUCUCCGUUGGGGGACACACAGAAAAUUCACCAGGACGCACUCUCGCGAGAAACAUGGAAGUAUCGAAGACCAACCACAGGAAGUCACGUCGAACGCCGACGGACUUGCCGAACACACAGAAGAAACUGACAACUUCUUUCAAAAUCGUAUCUUGGCCUGCAUCGUUACUUCUCCUCUCGGUCGACCCCUUCACACUUUUCAGUCUCUAACAGAAUUACUGCAAGUAUUUCGUGAUACUAUCAAGUGUCACCAAUCACUCUGUUAUGAUGCCAAGAUUCUUCACCAAGAUAUAUCCCCAGGGAACAUGAUCAUUCUGGAUGGCCAGGAUGAAGGGAAGCCGAAGGGGAUCCUGAUAGACCUCGACUCCGCAAUAGAGAUCGCCGAGGGAUUAGACACAGACUUUGGAAUUACCGGCACCAGACCAUUUAUGGCCAUUGGCGUUCUGAAGGGCGAAUGCCAUACUUACCGGCACGACCUCGAGUCCUUCUUUUACGCUUUCCUAUGGACAGUCAUAACGAACCACACGGAGAAUCCCCCAGAGACAAGCAAGCUUCGAAAAUGGAGCAAUGGCGAGUGGAACGAGCUUGCGGUACGCAAGUCUCUUGACAUGGAUCAGGAUAGCUUUCAGAGCAUCCUGGAGGAAUUUACUCCCGAAUUCCACCCCCUUAAGCCGCUCGCCGAAAAUCUCCGGCAAAUUCUAUUUCCCCUACGGGAUGGUGUAAUUUGGACAGGGACCGACGGCUCGCCUGAAGCUGUAGACAAGCUCUACGAUGGAAUGAUCCGCGCGUUCGAAGUGGUCGUUGCUUCUGAGAGACAGAGAGAAAUAUGUAAUAAAUAUGGAAGCAACGGUCUAUCCUAG